UGGAGUUUGAAAAGAGCUUCUUUCUGCUCUACUACUCAGGCAGGAGUGAGAGGCCCCUGGAGUCGCUGGCACUGGGAGCUUUGGAACAUCAAUGGUAACGAUGACCCCCCUGCUUCUGCUUUGUGUGUCCUUGCCCCUCAUCUCAGCAACAUCAUUGUUUGAAGACGGAGACUUGACCCUAGAUGGCACAUUGCGUGUCAGCAUCCCUUUGGAAAUGCCUCUCCGUCCUCUUCUGGGCAGCAAGGUAGUGGUACCAUGCUACUUCCAGGACAACACAGUCAAUGACCCUGGUGCCCCAACCAUCGCCCCGCUCUCCCAUCGCAUCAAAUGGACCUACGUCACCAAGGAGAAAGUCACCACGAUCCUGGUGGCAUUAGAGGGAAAAGUUAAUGUAGAGACAGAGUAUUUGGACAGAGUGACGAUGAUCAACUACCCGCUGGUGCCCACGGAUGCCACCAUGGAGAUAACAGAGCUGAGGUCCAAAGAUUCUGGCACCUACCGCUGUGAGGUGAUGCACGCCAUUGAGGACAACUAUGACUCUGUGGACAUCAAGGUUCAGGGUAUUGUGUUCCACUAUCGAGCCAUCUCCACCCGCUACACCCUGACAUUUGAGAAGGCGAAGGCAGCCUGUAUCCAGAACGGUGCCAGCAUCGCUACUCCAGCCCAGCUCCAGGCUGCUUACGAUGAUGGAUAUCACCAGUGUGAUGCUGGAUGGCUCUCUGAUCAGACUGUUAGGUACCCCAUCCAGGAGCCACGGGACCGUUGCUUUGGAGACAAGGAGAACUUCCCAGGCGUGAGAACCUAUGGCAUCAGAGAUGUCAACGAGACCUAUGACGUGUACUGUUUUGCUGAGAAGAUGUCAGGCAGAGUCUUCUACUCCAUGUCUGUAGAGAAGUUUACCUUCUAUGAAGCAGGUGAUCAGUGUGCAAAACUCGGCGCCCGGCUAGCCUCCACUGGAGAGCUUUACCUGGCUUGGCAGAAUGGCAUGGAUGUGUGUAACGCUGGCUGGCUGUCAGACAGGAGUGUACGUUACCCCAUCAAUAUUGCCAGACCUCAGUGUGGAGGGGGACUCCUGGGAGUGAGAACCGUCUACCUGUUCCCCAACCAGACAGGAUACCCCUACCCAGACUCUCGCUACGAUGCUAUCUGCUUCCAAGCUGGUGAGGAUGAAGGCGCUGUGCCCAUGAGAACCACUCCUUUCCCAGACAUCAUCCGCAUAACACCCGCCCCUGGGGUCUACCCAGGCCUUACACCCACACCUGGGGGUGAGGAGGGCAUCGGUGGAGAAAUCGAAACCUUCUUCCCACUGCCUGUCCCACCCAGUGUGACAGAUACAUACGAUAAAGUGACUCCUGUGGUACGCGAGCCUGGACUCGAUCUGACAGGCAUAGAUGCUGCCAUGGCUCCCACAGGUGUGGUGUUCCACUACCGACCCAUCACUGGUCGUUACACUCUGACCUUUCUGGAGGCUCAGCAGGCCUGCCAAAAUAUUGGGGCAGUCAUUGCCAGCCCCCAGCAACUACAGGCAGCCUUUGAAAAAGGCUUGCAUCAAUGUGACGCUGGCUGGCUCCGCGACCAGACUGUCAGGUAUCCCAUCGUUUCACCCAGAGAGAACUGUGCUGGUAAUCUGCCACACCUCCCAGGAGUCAGAUCCUAUGGCCUGAGGCCCGCUAGUGAACAUUAUGAUGUGUUUUGUUAUGUGGAACGUCUGCAAGGUGAGGUCUUCUUCACCAGUGACUAUGACAGUUUCUCCUUUGAGGAGGCUGUGCAGCACUGUCAGAAACUCAACACCACCCUGGCCACCACUGGGCAGUUGUAUGCUGCCUGGAACCAGGGGCUUGACAAGUGCCGUCCAGGCUGGUUGAAGGACCGCAGCGUCCGCUACCCCAUUACAACCGCCAGGUCCCAUUGUGGAGGCGGUCAGAUUGGGGUCCACAUCAUCUACGCUUACCCCAAUCAGACAGGGUUUCCUGAUGAGCACUCACGCUAUGACGCCUACUGUUUUAAAGCUGACGUUCCUGUUGUUCAUGUUGAAACCCGUGUGAAUGUGACCAUGGUGACAGUGGAUGUUAUCAACAAGACAACAGUCACAAUUGAUCACUUUGCUCCCACAGUUGAAACUACUGUGCUCUACAAUGAAACUGAAACUGGUGUGAAUAUUACUAUGAUAGAGGAGUUUAUCAACAAGACCACCACCACAACUCACCAAGUUGCUCCUACUGUGAAACCCAUUUUACCUCCAGUUCCUGUCGAUGUGUCUGGCUCUGGUUCAGCUGAUUAUUCAGCUAGUGGGGUGAUCUCAGGGGAGUCCAGCACCUCCAGUGCCAGUGGUGACGCCUCUGGUUCAGGACAGAAUGUCAUGUUCAGUGGGCACACUGACGUCUUCUCCGGCGAUCAGUCUGCGUCUGGAGGUCCGCAGGAAGCAGAGGGGGAAAGCUCUGUCAUCUUCACAUCUGGAGAACCGGGUAGUGCAUCUGGGGAGGGGCUUGACAGACAACUCUCUGGCUCCGGAGUAUCGGGAUCGGGUUUUACCAGUGGAAGUGGAGAUGUCAGUGGUAGUGGUGAAGACUCAGUGAUCAUCAUGGUGGAUGGGAAGAUGGUGGAGGUGUCAAAAGGCCCAAAACUCACAGAGGAGGAGUUAGGCCAGGGAGGCAUUGAUACCAGUGGGGCUGUCUUGGAAUCAAGUACAUCCGGAUCAGGAGGUAUUUCCGGGUCAGGCUCUGGUUGGUUUUCUGGCAUUUCAUUUGUCAACCACAGCGCUGUUGACCUAACAGUCCAGCCAUCCGGUGAGCAGGAGGUGUCUGGAUAUCGCCCAUUUGGAUCAGGGUUUCACAGUGGCUUUCCAAGUGGUUUUCCAUCUGGUGUCUCAGGCAGCGGCUCUGCAAGUGUGGACUCUUUCCAGCAACGUGGCGAUGUCAUCUACCUAACGGACACUGACAUGAUGGAAGUGACCGUACCACCAGUGGUGCGCCAACCUGAACCGGGCCGGGGGGUUGUGGAGGUCAGCGGGGAAGGAAGUGGGUCAGGGAUCCAUCAUGAAUUCAGUGGCACUUUGUAUAUCUCAGGAAGUGGAGCCCCUCAUGAAACACCAUCCACUGAGAAGCUUUCUGUCGCCCUCCCGCCAGGAUCUCAGCUUACUUACACUGAGCAAAUUGACAGUCUUGGCCAAUCAGGGGAGGGGUAUCAGGAAGGCCGUGCAGGACCUACCAUCUAUGUAGUGACUCCAGACCUAGCGUACACCAGCCCAACCACUGCACCGUCAGUGUCAUUAGAAACCCCUGCUGUUGUGGAGCAGCCUAAAGUAGUGGAUGACCCCUGUGAUCCAAACCCCUGCAGUUCAGGAUCCUGCUCUGUACAGGGAGAACUCGCUGUGUGCCAGUGUCCUAAUGGUUUCACUGGUGAAGACUGCUUGACACCUGUGCAGGACUGUGCCGAGGGCUGGUUGGAGUUCAUGGGCAGCUGUUACCUCCACUUUGCGGAGAGAGACACCUGGUCUGAGGCUGAGCAACGCUGUCAGGAGCUCAACGCCCACCUGGUCAGCAUUAGCUCCCAGGAGGAGCAGCAGUUUGUCAACUCCAAUGGUCAGGACUACCAGUGGAUUGGACUUAACGACAAAGAUGUGCAGAAUGAGUUCCGCUGGACAGACGGCAGCGCUCUGACCUUUGAGAAUUGGAGGCCCAACCAGCCAGAUAACUACUUCAACUCUGGGGAGGACUGUGUGGUGAUGAUCUGGCACGAGGGCGGACAGUGGAAUGAUGUGCCCUGCAACUACCACCUUCCCUUCACCUGCAAGACCGGACCCGUCACGUGUGGAGUUCCCCCUGAGGUGGAAAAUGGUCGCCCAAUGGGUAGCAGCAGAGCGCACUACGUUGUCAACUCUAUAGUCCGCUAUCAGUGUAACGCAGGCUACACACAGCGCCACCUGCCUGUGAUACGCUGUAUGGCAAACGGACAGUGGGAGAAGCCACAAGUGGAAUGUACAGAAGCUGGCACCAACAGCAACAGGCUACACAAAAGAUCGCUCAGGAGAAGAAGUAAAGGGGUCAGCAGCCAGCAGGAACAGAGGAAGCUGCUCUGAGCAGGAAUGAAAGGACAUACAACAGAGAGCCACAAAGGACCCCUUUUGUAAAGAAGCAUGGACACCAAUGCAAAUGCCCGACCAAAAAGAUAACAUUCCCUAACAUGUGUAUACACACACUAAAGCACAUGUAGACAGUGAUAGUGCAAUUGACUGACAUUUUGGAGAGUGCACUCUGCACCUUCUAAAGGCAGUUUUCUGUGUAUUUAUACCAUCUAAUUUAUAGCUGUGACCCAGUAUUUGGAAGUUUUAUCUCAAUGCACAAGAGGAAAUUUUCUGCAAUCAGUUUCCAGCACUGGACACAAAGUAAGAUAGAUACAAUUGUCAUAUAGUGAUAAGAGGUCUAAAACAGCCCAGUAAACGUGUUUUCGAUUGCAGCUGGAUUCUCUAAAGUAAAACGCAUUGUUACAUAGACUUUUGCUAUAUUUUUAGGGUACUUUUCUAGAUCUGUGUUUCUUAGUUUUUUUUUAUUUCUUUUAUUUGGUCUUAGACUCUAAGGACUACAACUGUGCGCUUUAGACUGGUAAAACAAACCGUUUCCUACAUUAUAGGCAAUGGAUGUGAUUCUCAUACUUUAAGGUUGUGACCCCUUAAAAUACAGCAAUGUUACCCCUCCCACCUACAGCAUGGAGAAUUGUGAAGUUAGGUUUUGUUUUAUUUGAAUUAUCAUAGGAGGCCUUGAGACUUACUCAAAUUCAGCAUUGCAUAAAAUCCCAAAUCUGAGUAAAAGGUCGGGGAAAAAACAUGGCAAUACAUGCAGUAGAACUAGUCUUAAAUACCAUAAACCAUCUUUCAGGACCCCAAUUUAUAAUGUCACAACCUCAAGUCUGAGAACCGCUGUGCAACUACACGACCAGGGCAUCAUAUAUACUGAAAUGAUUGUGCUGUUCCAUUUGAUGAUGAAAAGAAAUCCAACUUCAAGAUGUGAUUAAAGUCACUGCAAAAGACCUGGAUUGAAAGAGUCAGCACUCAUGCACUUUUCAGAGUCUUCAGUCACUUCUGUGCUAAUCAUUUGAAUCCAGUGCACCUUAAACAGUAAAAAAAUAAAUAAAAAAACAACACACACACAUAAAAAACAAAACCUCAUCUGUAGCUGACACAUGGCAAGGGAAGCACUCUAAGUAACAGGUGAAAUCUACAGUAUGACACUGAGGAGCUUCCAGAACGGUGCUGAAGUCCACCUCAUUGGGUCAUCUGAUGCAAAAGAUGCACACCCCGUUGUGCAGGUUGGGGUUUAUGUUUGUGACUUCUCAAGAGCAAUCAAUGACCUCUGUGUCUUAGUCAGAUUCAGUGUUUGCUGUAAUGGAUUUCUCACUGUAAAUAUUCUCUCUACAAUUCUCUGAACAGCAGGAUCUGUCAAUAACUUACACAGAACAAACAAUUUCAUUGUUUGAUUAAUUAAUCACCUACCUGUUUGUUGAUUUGUUAGUUUAAUUAACUGGUAAGUUGCAGUUAUGAGUUACUUGUCAAGGGGGCGAGACUGAUUUUGACCAGCCAGCUGAACGUAGACACAAAUGGAUUUUUUUAUUAAAUCUUCUGACAUCUUUACAUAGAUUUCUGGUUGCGUUUCAUGUGACAUGCUCUUAUCAACCGAAAUGUACUUCUUAAAACUUGAGAAAUGACACAAUUGUAGCGAAAAGGAGCUGUGAAAGCAGUAGAAAUUAUAAAAAAUGUUGAGAAUGGAAAAGGUUGAGGUGGAAGAGAAGGUUAUAAAAAUGUUGACCAUGACCUUUUACGGUCAAGAUUUGCUUCACUUUGAGAGCAGAUACUUGUGUCCAUAUCUGACUUCUCACAGAAAAAUAAUCACAAACAUUGAAACAACAACCACACACACACAGUCAAACUGGUACUCUCACAGGCACACACACACUUCAGUAAACACACUACAGAGUAUAAGUGAGCCUGAUGACGCCACAAAGUGAACACCAAGCUCAAUUUGUACAAGUAAAUAAGUGUUGAUUUGGAUGCUCCUGGUGUGAGCUGGAUUAUUUAAAUCUAUCACACCACAGGAUAUGCUCACAUUUCAACAUGAAGCCAACAUUUGAGUGAUUAUGAGUAGGACGUAUAAACUUUUGACAAAUAAACCAAAAUAUGUGUAACAUUGCAAACACACAUCUGUUGUGACUUUGUUUCGAUCCCGAAUCCUGAUGUGAACAUACAGUAUACUGUACUGUGCUGUGCCAAAUAAAACUUGGAAUCAUC